CUCCUGACAGCUCGGGCGCGUGUGUAAAAUUUUGACAGAUCACCGCCCGUUCCGUGAAAUCGGCCAUCUGUGUUUGUCUUUUGUGUAGUGCGCAAGUAGUGGUGAUUUUUCUUUCUGCAUUUUCGAUUCGGUCACAAAUUUCUGCGAAGAUCCAAAACAAAUCGCAAUGGCCAACGUGAACCUGGCUUCGGUGGUGCUCCGCAAUGCCCUGCGGCAAAAGAUGGGCGUUCGCUUUUCGCACGAUAUGAUUGCCCAGAAGAUUGGCAAGCGGGAAGUCGUCGGCCACGGCUGGAACGGAUUGCCGGUUUAUGCCGAUCGGGUUGACUACCCGAUGCCGGCCAUCCGCUUCAAGGAGGUGACCCCUGACAUUCAGGCCCUGCGCGAGAAGGAGAAGGGAGACUGGAAGAAGCUGUCCAUCCAGGAGAAGAAAGCCCUGUACCGUGCUUCGUUCUGCCAAACCUUCUCCGAGAUCAAGUACCCAACCGGUGAAUGGAAGAUGUCCCUCGGCUUCGGUCUGAUUGCCAUCUCGAUGAGCUUGGCCACCAUGCUGCUGAUGAAGGCCUUCGUUUACGACGACAUCCCGGUGACCUUCGAUGACGAGCACCAGAAGGCUCAGCUCAAGCGUAUGCUGGAUCUCGGCGUUGGCAACAUUACCGGUUUGUCGUCCAAGUGGGACUACGAUAACAACAAGUGGAAGUAAAUGGCCGCUUCCGCUUCGGGUGGACGUGGGACAUUUAGUGGGUAAUUGUGUAUUAUAAUAAAUCUAAAAUUGGCACCAGCUAGAAGCGAAACGUUGCGUUGUAAGCCACUUUCCCGGUAGGCUGAACAAUAAAUAAUGAAGAAAAAUCAUGCCUAA